AAAUAGUCCAGCUUCUUGGACAUUUUUGUAAAAGAAAACAUUUGGAAUACCUUCUUGUUUUGGUCUUCUGGGUCUUAAGGUCCUUUAUGUCGCAGUAAAGAUGAGCUGUAUCCCUGCCUCACACAGUGUGUGUUUGCAGUUUGAGCACCAUACUUAGUCAAGUCGAAUCUCAGAUGGACGAGAGUCCAGUUCAGAGAAGAGGGAGCAAAUCCUACCAGAUCUUCCCUGAGGCCAACACGAAUGAAGAUUCAGAUUCCAGCUCCUAUCCUGAUGGCUUUCUUUACCAGAGGAAACGUCUUCCUUCUAUAGUUGUGGAGCCCACAGAGCACACGCAGCCGGAGAGCGGGGGGCGCUGGCCUCUGAGUAACAAUGCAGAGGAAGAGGAGGAGGAAAGCGGUGCUGAUCACACAGAUGGCUCUGUGGAUGGAGAGCAGCAGGGGGACAUAGGGAUAGAAGAAGGCUCUGUUGUCAGGAAGUCUUCUAUUGGACCGUCCCAGAGUCAACUGGCCCUCUCCCGGCUGACCCCCCCUACCUCUCCCACCCCCCCAGAGGCUGCCCCACCAUGCCUGAGGAGCUGA